CGGUGCCCGGUGCUCGAUCCGGUACGCGGUGCCUGAUCCAGUGCCCGGUGCUCGAUCCGGUGUUCGGUGCUCCCUCCGGUCUCCGGGAGCCGAUCCGGUGUCCGGUGCUCCCUCGGGUCUCCGGGACCCGAUCCGGUGCCAGGUGCUCGAUCCGGUCUCCGGUCCGAUACCCGCUACCGUUUCCGGUGCCGGCAGCUCCCGCGGUUCCCCGGUCUCGGUACGCGGUGCCCGAUCCGGUGCCCGCGGCUCCCGGUUCCCUCCGUGCCGGGAGGGGCCGAACCCGAGGGGAGCCGCCCCGGGCGGGGGCGGAACGAGAAGCCCAUUUAUAAAAGGCUGUGCCGGCGGCGGGACCGGAUCGCGGGGCCGCCGGAACGGGAGGUUUCGCCCCCGGUUGCUGCUUCUCAACGGUGCAGAACCCGCCGGGGUAGGCGGAGGGGCCAUGGCGGCUACCGGCACCGGCGGGUUGGGCUGGCGGCUGCUGCCGCUCACACUGGCGCUGCUGCUGCCACCGGGAGAGCGCCGCGCUGCAGGUGCCAAUCCCUGCAGCCCCAAGUACUUUGGCCGCGAUGCCAUGGUUUGUGUCUGCAACGCCACGUACUGCGACAUGCUGGACCCUGUGGUCGUGCCGCCCCUGGGCACCUACGUCAAAUACGAGAGCAGCAAGGCUGGCAACCGCCUUGAGCGCAGCGAGGGGAGCUUCCAGCGUAGCCUGCAUGCCCCAGAUCUCGUCCUGACCGUGGACACGACGCAGCGGUUCCAGAAGUUGAAGGGUUUUGGUGGUUCCCUCACCGACGCGGCUGCCAUCAAUAUCCUUUCCCUGCCUGAAAUGGCCCAGGAGCACCUGCUCCGCUCAUACUUCUCUGAGGAAGGGCUUGAGUACAACCUUGUGCGGCUCCCCAUGGCCAGCUGUGACUUCUCCCUCCACACCUACACCUACGAUGACGUUCCCUAUGACUACGAGCUCACCCACUUUAGCUUGCAAGACGAGGACACAAAGCUGAAGAUCCCCCUCAUGCACCGAGCCUUGGCCAUGGCCAAGCGGCCACUGUCACUGUGUGCAAGCCCUUGGACCUCCCCAACCUGGAUGAAGACCAGCGAGUCCUUUGUGGGGAAGGGCACACUGAAGGGGCAAGCGGGGGACAAAUACCACAAGACCUGGGCCAACUAUUUUGUACGGUUCCUGGACGAAUAUGCCAAGCACAACUUGACCUUCUGGGCGGUGACGGCAGAGAAUGAGCCCUCGGCUGGGCUGAUCAACAACUACCCCUUCCAGUGCCUGGGCUUCACGGCCGAGCAGCAACGGGACUUCAUCGCGCGGGAUCUGGGCCCUGCAUUGGCCAACAGCUCCUACCGGGAUGUCCAGCUUAUCAUUCUGGAUGAUAACCGGCUCCACCUCCCGCACUGGGCCAAAGUGGUCCUGGAGGACGAAGAAGCGGCUCGUUACGUCCAUGGCAUUGGCAUCCACUGGUACCUGGACUUCAUCGGUCCCAUACAGGACACAGUGGUGCCCACUCAUGAACUCUUCCCUGACUACUUUAUCCUGGCCACGGAAGCGUGCAUCGGGUCCCAUUUCUGGGAAAGGGAUGUGGUCCUGGGCUGCUGGGAGCGGGGGAACCAGUACAGCCAUAGCAUCCUGAUGAACCUGAACCACUUUGUUGCUGGCUGGAUCGACUGGAACCUCGCUCUGGACCUGGAGGGAGGCCCCAGCUGGGUCAAGAAUUACGUAGACAGCCCCAUCAUCGUGGACAGCAGCGAAGGUGUCUUCUACAAGCAGCCCAUGUUCUACCACCUGGGCCACUUCAGUAAGUUCAUCCCUGAGGGCUCCCAACGCGUGGGGCUCCUCGCCUCUAAAGAGUCCAAGAAGACAGAGCUGGAGUACACGGCUUUGCUGCGUCCCGAUGGCACCGUGGUGGUGGUGGUUCUGAACCGGUCCCCUCAGAACAUCACCUUUGGGCUGGCUGACACCGUUGGCCUCAUUGCAGCUGUGGCUCCAGCCAACUCCAUCCAGACCUACCUGUGGCGGCGGCAUUGACGGCGAUGCCCAUGGCUGGCCAGGAGCUGGACCAAAGUGGGCUCGGAAAGCAGCCUUAGCGCUGCCUGUGGGCUUGGGCUGAGGACCGUGGAGAAGGUUGAGUGCUGUCUGCACCGCGGCAGAGCCAUGCGCUCAGGCGAGCCAGAGGAGUGAGCUGGGCUGCGGAGCACUGGGCGCAUGCAGGAGGGUUGGGGAUCCUGAUGCCCCUGGGGAUGGAGAUCCCGCAGGCUGUGAAUGCUGUUUUCUGCUGCUCUGAUAUUAAAUGCUGACGCUUUCUUGCUCUCUGGGGCUGGAAGAGAAGUGCCCAGGUCCCUCCCCUGCUCCUGGGCACCGUGGCUGGGUGCCACCUGGGCACAGAGCCCGAGCAAGAGCUGCUUGGAGCACCGUGAGCCCUGUGGGUUGGUUGCUCUUCCUGCCCACCCCUGCUGCUCUGCCCCCACAGCUUCUCCCUGCUGGGAAGGUCCUCCAGGCACCAGUUUGUUCCCAGUUGCAAGCUUGUGCCACUUGAUAGAGGGCUGAGCCGAGCGCAGGUGCUCUCCCAGUGCUGUUGUGGGAUGCUUUAGGCUCCAGGUUUACCCUCCACGCAGAUGCUCUGGGUCUUGGAGCAGCGUUGGGGGCAAAGUGCCUGGACACCCAUCUUGGUGGAAUCCCUGGGUGGGUUUUGUGGCCAAAUUUCAGCUUUCUGGGCUAUUCCUGCCAAGCUGGAGCCAAUUGCAGCCUGGUGCUAGGCUGGGGAGGGUCAGAUCUUGCCCGGCUCAGGAUGCUGGGUUGCUUCCUGGGGCUCAGACUGGAGGUAGAACCAGUUCCAGGAGCAUCGGAGCAUGGUGGGUUCAGGGCACAAACCAGCUCAGGAUGGGGACAGGGUGUCUGCAAGCUUCUCUGGGGGCUUUGUAGGGAGAAGGGUGCUGGCCAGGCUGCAGCGGCUCUGUGAUGGGGGUGCCCUGUCCCCCCAGCAAUGGGGCAGCUGGGACGGAGUGUCAACAAGGUUUGGGCUGCACCGUGGGCUCAGCACCCACUACGGAGCUGAGGCAGCGUGAGUAAGCGGGCACGGGGACCGGGAAUGAGUGCAGGCACACCCAGAACAAGGGAAGGGAGCUCACAGCAUGUGCUGGGUGGAGAAAUAGGGCAGGGAGGUCGUGAUUGCGGCUGCUGGGCCAAUUCGGGUCAGUCGGGUUGAGGCAGGCGAGAUGCAGCUGUCGGGGCUGACAGCAGUGGUGCUGCGUAGGCGGAGCACAGCCCAGCACCAGCUCUGGCAGCACCUGGGGUGACUGGGGAGGAGUGCAUGGCAGGGUCACCCUGGGAAUUUGGCACGAACUGUGCCGCGAUGCUCCUGAGAAGCCCUGGGACCCCACAAACUCUGGGCAUGCCAGGGUCUUAGGGCGAGCUGUCUGUGCCCAGGGGCACAACCAUCCCACCUCUGCCUGGAGGCUGUUUAUCUUUGUCCACAAGAGGGAAAUAUUUCUCCAGGAUCACAGCAACCACGAGCCCUGCUCCCAGCAUCCCCACUCCCCGGUUCAGGAUGGAUCCUCUCUGCUGCUUCUUUCCCAGGUUUUUUACUCACCAUCUUCCUUUACCGUUUUACCAACCCUUGUAAUAAAAGUCAAUGUCUGGAUGCUGAAUCAUCCCAGGGCAC